AUGUCUGAUGAAGAUGACCGAAACGCAGACUGGCCGACGAUCGCGCGAUCGAUAUACUGGGAUAGCCGGUUUGGAACCGACCCAGAUCUCCCGACUAUCGCUGAGGCCAAGCCGGAGGAGAUCAGCAAGGUCUGCUCGCGGGAUAAGGGCAGGUGUAUGGUAACACAGUCUCCAGAAGUCAAGUACUUCUGGUUCUUCCCAUUUACAUGGAACAACAGCCCGCCAAACAACAAUGCAACGGGCAACCUUGAGGGCGCAAGCGUGGACUUGGCCGACGUCGACAUGUUAGAUGGCGGCCUCCUCAUUGCGGCCGAGAUUGGCAAGACUCACAAGUCAUGGAACAUCAUGUGUAUCGACAGAGUUCUGUACGACUUCGUCGUACGCGGUUGGGGUGGGUUCAGGUUCGAAGAGGCCGGCCGACCUAACGAUAAAGGCGUUGUCAAAGUGAAACUGAGGUUUUACUGGAUGCCCCAGAUGACCGGACGCUUCAACCGAGAAAGUACCAACGACAAGGAGAUGAUGGAUAUCGCGAACGAGUUUAACGCUUUUGUUCGCGCAGGCUGUCCCGCACCACCUACCUACCCCAAGGGUGCGGACUUUAAAGUACCUAAGUCCGGACAACUUUUUGCCGUGGAGAGGGAUGCGAGUGAUGUGGAAAGGUUUACGUCUGUGGUUAAGAUACACUGGGCAUGUGUGGUUUAUACAGCUCUUUGCGGUGGCGCCGGUCGCCCUCAGUUUAUGACUGGUAUGGAUCAGAGCUACGGGCAUCUAGAACCUAGGGAUGAGCAAUUUGCACAACAGAAGGCCGAGCUAGAGGAGAAGAAUUUGGUUGCCCAGAUGGCGUGGAAGAAAUACUACCAGCCAUCCGACGAUUCGGGACAUGGCGGCAGUGAUCCCAGAUCUUCAGGCGACACCCUCUAG